AUGUGGAAUGCCUCGUCGGUAGGAUCGUCUGCUUCGAUUCCAGACUUUACCACUCAGACGCCGCUGGCGGUGUCGUCGACAGAUGCUGGUCCAUCUCUUGUCACCCUCACAUCGUUCCUGACGGAGACGGCGCGUCCAACCUGGACCUAUACGGAAGUCACCACUAUUGCCAAUGUCCCGGUGACAACGCAGGUGGUGAAGUCUCGGCUGAGCACUGUCGCUCAGUCAGAGACUGUACAAACGGAGACUACUCCGUCAUCAACGCAUUGGUCAGAAUCAUCGUGGUCGGAGAGGUCUAGUACUCGUUCCGAGACUCAACAGGAGCCUGCACAGCAGACGCCAUCGACAACUCCCAUUUCCUCCUCGCUUCCACCAUGGAGUACGAGUGAUCAGUCGGUUAGCUACAGCACCGAAUUCUCAUCAACGGCAUUGGCGCAGUCGUAUACUAGUGUCCAGACGAGCGAAUCUGGUGCGGCACCAUUGAUCUCGGUCUCGAGCUCAUCAAGCACCGAUUCAUCAAUGAUCACCCGGGCAAGCACACUGAGCUCUCAGUCUUCCACUGCUCUGGGGUUCCAAGUCAUUACGAGCCAACCCGCAAGCACGGGAAUCCAGUCAUCUACGACGAACUCAUCCUCAUCCUCAUCCUCGUCUCGUACACCCACGGCAUCACCUCUGGCAAGCGUGAUAUCCGGCUCGACCUCCGGAGUGGAUUCCGACUCUUCAAAAAGUAACUCUGGCAACCACAAAGUGGGCACAAUCGUCGGCAGCGCCCUAGGGGGAGCAGUAUUCUUAGCUCUGACCUUGCUAGCCUGCUUCCUCAUCCGUCGGAGGCGACGAAAUGCCGUCCACCGCCGCCAGCCCAGCCGAAAAAGCCUCCUUCGAAACAACUCAGUUGGCUCUACUCGUGCAUUCCUGCAUAACCGCCAGCCAUCCUGGCCCAUGGUGCGAUCCGACUCCAUUCCUUCAGCUCCCGUCUUCCCACCACUACGUAGUUACUCCAACCCAGAUACCCGGCCAAAUCCCGCAUUGGCAGCCUCAAACCAAGACCUCUCGCUGGAUAGAGCAUACCUCCGCAACCAAUACUCCCAGCGCUUCACUGACGACCCUCUCUCGGAUCCAGAAGAUGGUCCCACUAUCGAGGUGUCCCCGCCUAGCCGCAGCGUAUCCAUCUACUCGCAAUCAUCCUGGGAAGGCGGACUCAAGUUCAUAGAGUCUUACGAUUACUCGUCCCACAGCUCCCAGGGCGGAAGUACCUACUACCCCGAUGGAAGUACGGGAACGCUCCCCGGUCCCGGCGACGAGACUCCAAUUUCUAGGCUCGUCACGCCCAAGAGACGGGCGAGUAUUCGCAGCAAUCCGUUUGACUUGGAGCCGCCACCGAGUGCCUUAUCCAGAGGUCCUGUGCCGCAGAUUCCGCGUGGUCCAGGUCCGCCGAAUCCAGCAUGGGGUCGAUGGUAUCCGUAA